ACACGGAAGCGGAAGCAGUGGUUUUCAAGAUGGCGGCAAAACAAAGUUUGCACAAAAGCGAAAGCAUCAAAACGUGAAAAAACAAUGAACCGCGUGAUGCACACUAUUCUUUGUGCAGUCUUUUCUAACCCAGUGUUCAUAGUUUCUGUUUGAAUUGUACUGUCAAGAUGAGCGCAAAUUCUGUUGAAGAACGUGUCACUGAUGUGAUUUCGGACUUGCUGAGAAGUCAUGCCAUAGAGGAGGCAUUCUGCAACAUAAUUGUUCACAGUGAAGAAAACGAUGCAUGGAACAGCAAAUACAGUGUAGAAAAACUGAAGAAGCUAUGGCAGACAAUACCACAGGAGUCACAGGACAUUGGGCUGCGCACAUUUGUAGAUUUGUUGCAUCGCCAGUGCAAUGCCAGCCGAGUGAAUCUUCUGUGUGAGCUGUUGGAAUCAAUGGUGGAGAACUGUGUUGUAGCUCCAAGGUCUAUCUGUGAGGCUUUACUGACCCGUGAUGGUCUGAGCUACAGCCAGCCCUUGUUGUGGAAUGCUACUUUCAAGCUGAUUAGGAAGAUUAUAGGAGGGGUGGACUACAAGGGUGUUCGAGAUCUACUGCGGGUCAUCCUGGAUAAGUUGCAGAAUUCCCUGCCAUCAGACAAUGUGGCCGUCCAGCCAGAGGUGGAAGUGGUGACUGAUGUAGUCACAUAUAUCCUGGACAGAAAUGCAUGUCUCCUACCAGCAUACCUGGCCAUUAAUGAGAUCACCAAAGUCUGCCCUGAUACAAGCACAUGGCCUCAAUGGAGCAUGGGGAAGAUGUUGUCGAGUUUUGUGGACAGUUUCCGACCAGCUGCUCAGAUGGUCUCCAUCGCAGGGCGAAGUCAUCUGUUGCCAGUGGUAGGGCACUCCAUGUCCAUGAAUAACGUAUGGCGUCUCAAUACCACGACACUUCGCUUCCAUCUCAGCGGUCCUCUCCCCUACGACAAGGCUAUUCAGGACCCCCAGACAAACUUGUUGAGAUACGUCCUAGAGCAGCCCUACUCACGCGAGAUGGUGUGCAACAUGCUGGGUCUCAACAAACAGGCCAAACAGCGCUGUGAAGUUCUUGAGGACCAACUUGUGGACCUAGUUGUCGUGGCGAUGGAGAGAUCCGAAUCUGAGGGUGUCAACGACGAUGCUGGGUUGAGUCAGUUACUGUGGCAACACCUGUCUAGUCAGUUGAUAUACUUUGUGUUGUUCCAGUUUGCAAGCUUUCCUCACAUGGUCAUGUCCUUGUAUGAAAAGCUAAAAGGAAAGAACCUGAAGAAGGGGCGAGACCACCUGAUGUGGGUUCUGUUGCAGUUUAUCUCAGGAAGCAUACAGAAGAACCCUCUGGCUGACUUUCUCCCAGUGAUGAAGCUGUAUGACCUGCUGUACUCAGAUGACCAGCUGAUCCCCAUGCCCGAUGUGACCAAGCCCCGGUCAACGCAUGCCCUAGCCAGCACCUGCAUAUGGAUACACCUCAACAAGAAGGCUGAGAGUGACAAGCAGAGGCUGCAGAGGCCCAUACCGUAUGGCCUGAGAACACAUCUUGAGUUCUUGAAACAGACUUUCAACAAUAACAAUAAUCUUACGCUGAGUGACUACAAAAUAGCCCUCCUGUGCAAUGCUUACAGCACUAACACAGAGUUCUUCAGUCUCCCCAUGGGCAAGCUGUUGGAGAGUGUGUAUGGGAACAACAAGAACACUACACUGUUGCCUGGCAACAUCGUGGCAUCCGCGCCAACGCAGCCCUUGUCCAUGAGUCUGCUUGACUCACUCACUGUACAUGCCAAGAUGAGCCUGAUCCACAGUAUCGUGACCCGAGUGAUCCGCCUGGCCAAGAACAAGAACAACAUCUCCCUGGCCCCGGCCCUGGUGGAGACAUACAGCAGACUGCUGGUGUACAUGGAGAUCGAGUCACUCGGCAUCAAGGGCUUCAUCAGCCAGCUUCUGCCGACUGUGUUCAACAGCCAUGCCCUUGGCAUCUUGCACACCCUGCUGGAGAUGUUCAGCUACCGACUGCACCACACCCAGAUCCACUACCGUAUCCAGCUCCUGGGACAUCUCCACACACUGGCCACCAUCCAGCAGACUAACCAAAAUCAGCUGCACCUCUGUGUUGAGAGUACAGCGUUACGCCUGAUCAUCAGCCUCGGCAGUUACGAGGUUCAGCCCCAGUUGUCUCGAAUCUCCAAUGAGUCAAAGAGUAAUUCCUUCCUGGCUGGCGAGUCUGAGGAACUCAACAGAGCCCUUGUGCUGACACUGGCCAGAUCCGUUCACAUCACAGGCCUGGAUAGCUACUCCAACAACUGGUGCAAGGAGAUCCUGAUGUCGAUCAUGCAGAACACGCCGGUGGGGUGGCCAUCACACACGCUGCAGUACUUCCCUCCCACCCUGGCCGACUACUUCAACCAGAACCCCGUCCUCAAGGACGACAAGAACCAGCUGAAGAGGAGUGUGGAAACAGAGUACAAGAAGUGGAAGAGCAUGGUGAAUGAAAAUGAUCUGAUCGCCCACUUCUCCAUGCAGGGCAACGCUCCAUUGUUUCUCUGCAUCAUAUUCAAGAGUUUGCUGGAGGACAGCAGAGUCUCACCUACAGCAUACAAGGUCCUUGAUCGUCUCGGACCACGAGCACUGUCGGCUCAUCUCCGAGCAUUUGCAGAUUACCUGGUGUUUGAGUUCACCACUGUUUCUGGGAAUCAGAACAUAAACAGGUACAUGGAAGCUCUGAAUGAGAUGAUCUGGAGAAGCAACAUCGUCACCAUAGAUAGACUUGUUCUCUGCCUGAUCCUUCGUAACCUGGAGGCGAACGAGGCUCAGAUGCGAUGCCUUAUUGUGCAGCUGCUGCUGGUGCAUCUGCCUGACUUCAAGAACAGAGUCCACGACUUUGUCAAGGAUAACACACCUGAGCAUUGGCAGCAAGCUAACUGGCAUGAGAAACACAUGGCAUUCCAUAAGAAAUACCCGGAGAAGUUCUACUACGAGGGGAUCCAGGACCUAAACAACCCCAUCCACCAUCAGCAUCUUCCCGUCUACUUCGGCAACGUCUGUCUCCGCUUCCUGCCGGUGCUUGAUGUGACGAUCCACCGACUCCUGGAGUUCCAGAAAGUGCAGAAGAUCCUUGAGAGUAUCUUGGACCAGAUCGGCUGCCUCUACAAGUUCCAUGACCGACCAGUGACGUACCUGUAUAAUACACUGUUCUACUAUGAGAAGCGUCUGUCUGGGAAGUCAAGUCUCAAGAGGAAGCUUGUCCAGGGAAUUAUCGCUGGGGCUUUCAAGGAGAUCCGGCAGCCCAACUGGUGUCUGUCAGAGGACUACAACCGUCUGCUGCAGAUGCCCCACGAUGACCUCAGCUGGAUCCCCGACCAGGACUACUACGUCCGACUCAUCGCUCGCCUCGUCGACACCAUAUCAGGCAAGAUUCCACCCGCGUUCCCGAACUGUGACUGGCGGUUCAACGAGUUCCCGAACCCAGCUGCCCAUGCUCUUCAUGCCACGUGUGUGGAGCUGAUGGCACUUCCUGUCAGUAGUCCCAUCGUCGGCAAUGCUCUGCUCGACGUGGCACUGAAGAGGUACAAAGAUGACUUUUGCUGUUUCCAACUUCCGCGGGACAAGAUCAUGUCAUGGAUGAAUGCUGUUGGCCUGGUACUGACAGCUCUGCCUGAGCCGUUCUGGGUGGUUCUGAAUGACCGUAUCGUGGAUGCCUUCAACAGCACCCAGCUGACCCAGUCCAGCUACAAGUACCCCUUCCAGAUGUUCAACUUCCACUCCAGCCAUAUCGUGUUUGCUGAGCAGCAGUGCAGCUACCUCCUCGGACUCUGUCACGCUAUCUGGCACCACGCCGGCAUCGGACAACUCAGUCAACUCCCACAGUUCCUGAAGGAGCGUCUCAAGCCGAUCAUCAAGACAGAGGAACAGUAUCUGUAUCUGUGUCACCUGAUCGGCCCCUUCCUGCAGCGCUUCCACGUCGAGAGAACCAGAUGUCUGUUGGAACUGACGGUGGAGCUGUAUGAGAUCCUGAUGACUGUUGACAAGUCAUGUGAACACCUCAACUUCAUGGACCCCAUCUGUGACUUCCUGUACCACAUCAAGUAUAUGUUCAUUGGAGAUGGCGUGAAACAUGACGUGGAGAAGGUGAUACGCAAUCUUCGACCUGCUCUUCAACUCCGCCUCCGUUUCAUCUCCCACAUCAACGUGGAGGAACCAGUGUCUGCCUGAUAGAUGCUCACUCCGUUGACCACUAGUGCGUCUGGUCCAACUGGAUCUGCCAUGAUACAUUGGAUGUAUUAUGAUUUAGUGGUAUUACCGCUCUCAGUCACUUUGGUUGAUACUAUCAUGGAAAGAAUAUAGCAAGGGCUUUGUGCAAGCAGCUGAAGAAGUUAAUGAAAUCCACAGUGGUGCUUGUAGCAUUUCAUCCUUUCAAUUUACAUGUAGGUGUGUACAAUUGGAAUGAUCUGGACAUAAUUGAGGACACAAGUGAAAGUUGACUGGAGCAGGGAUAUUUGAAACAUCACUCAACUUGAUGGGAGUUACCUCCCCUUCUCCGAAGUGUCAUGUCUGUCAUAUGAUUUACAACAGAGAUCAAACAGCAUCUGAUGAGCUUGAUAUGAAAUAAGUAAAGAUGACACUGUUGGUGAAGGAAUGACAUUAGUGAUAUCAGAAAUCUUCUGCUUUGUUAUCAGAUGACAGUUGUUCGCAGAUAUAUUGACAUGUCAUGAGAGUAACCUCCACCAUGCAUCACUUAUUACACAAGACUAUCAUCAAAGCACAAGCAGGGGACUCGUAUCCUGUACCCUGGAACUGUGAGGAAUCAAACGUCAACAUGCCUGACAUACAGGAUGUGCUAUCAAGAACAUCCAGAUGUACAGGAUCUCGGAUCAGCUUUGCUAGGGGAAACAUCCUCAUGUGUAAUAUGAUUCCUUGUAAAGAAAUUUUUGUCAGGCCACCCAAGUUGGACGAGAUAUUUGUUUCAGUGCGUUGAUGUUGUAAUGCUUGGAAAGGGCUUAAUGCAGGAUCCGAACUAAGGAAAUGGACAGGCAUUUCCUUGUCUCAGCUAGCAUUGCUUUAACUUACCGGUAUGGUGUUGACUGUUGACCUAAUCACUUAUUUUCUCUAAAGAAUGUUGUGUAAUUCAUUCCAGUGUUUGCCACUUUGCAAGGAUAGACUUCCAUUGUGUACCAUUGUCCAGCUUCUUUCAUUAAGCCAUGUGAAGCCCAUUUCUGGUGUCCCCCGCCGUGAUGUUGCUGGAAUAUUGCUAAAAGCGGCGUAAAACCAAUCUCAGUCAGUCAUUCAUUAAGCCAUGUUUAUUGUAUCUGGUUCUGUUAAGGAGUUUAUGUCAUAGCCUGUACACUGCCAUUGCUGACCAAACAGCUCGUCACUGUGAAUGUAAUGGAUGCUUUCUGUGUGGUGUCAAGUGCUUGUCUGGGAUCAGAUAAUUAGAUCACUCUAAAUAAUUCUUGAUACCUUAAAGCAGAGACUUACUGUUUUAUGUGUGCAUGUGUAUAAUUCUGACUAUUUGUGUUGUCAAAAUGUUUACUUCUGUCUCGGAUGGUGAUGAUAUUUAGCACCGUCCAUUUGUUGAAAAGAUCUGAGAUCAGGUAUGGAAGACCCAGGAUGUAUAAGGUUUGACUUUUAUAUAAACUUUUAUAAACUUUUAUAUAAAAAUCUGUAAACCAAGACAGGAAGGACAGAAAGGCCUCAGGUGGGUAGACGAAAGACAGUUGCUUCGUAGUAACGGGUAAGGAGGAAGAAUAAUAAUCGUCACUUGAUUUGGAGUCAGGUACGUGAAGAAACAUUCACGCAAGCAACCUUUGUAUAAAGUACUUGCUCUCAGCACUGCAUGUUAUUGUAGCCAUGCCUUGCUUUCUGUCUCAGUCUCUAUUGCUCAUCUACAUGUUGAAGUACACAUCCUGAUCAAACAGGCUAUACUAAAUGCAAUAUACACCUGUAUGUCAGUGUCUCCAAUUACAACAAUCAUUACUUUAAUCAAUAUUCAAAUUUGUUUUUCUCCAAUGAAUGUAUUUCAUAUAACUGUGCAUCCUGUACAUGUCAAUUUAAUGUUCAGAAAACAUGUCAUUUAGGAUGGAAAGUUCUGCUGCAGUAUCACGUUCCUUGUCAACUAAUCAUUAAGUAUUGACAUUUUGACCAAGGUUAGUUUUCACAAGACUACAAAGUGUAUGGAUGCUGAGAGGCGUCUCACUUGACCAACCUGGAAGGACAGUGUGACAGAAUUUGAUUGGUUGGUCGUUCAGUGACAUGGCUAGCUAUUUUCAAACGUUCGUAGCUUAUGAUAACAUGCUACCAGCUAGGGCCCUUAUUCUCGAAACGUUCGUAGCCCUAAGAAUUCUUAAAUUGAUUGUAGCCAAUGUGGAAAAAUGGGCUGAGAAGUUUGUAGAGCUACAAACGUUUCGAGAAUAGCUAGCCAGACUCACUGCAGAUAGGUGAACAAUUGCUGAUAGUCUGUUAUUUCUGUAUUUAUUUACUGGUACCUCCAUCUGUCAUAUGUUUAUGGUGGUAUGUUUCAGUGAACACAAGUCGAUGAAUGUUGUUACCAGUAUGUUUUGAUCCUCACACUUGUUGCUCUUCUCAUGUAAACACUUGUAGCCCAGGUUCAAGGGGAACAGCUCACCCUAUGUGAGAAUGUAAAUAUUUAUGUCAGUUUUUCACCAACAGUCUUACAAUGCUUGAGUGAUAUUCAGUUGCUGAAGCUUUGGCUUAGGCCUCAAUAAGUUAAUGAUUAGAUUCUCUUCAAGCCUGCUGUUGUACCAAACACGCCAUCAAUGUUGCCAAGAACCAAGAGAAAGUCACUAUGUUUACUUCCUGGUGCUCCUGAAAUACCGGGGCGGUGGGGUAAUCUAGUGGUUAAAGCGUUGGCUCGUCACGCCGAAGACCCGGGUUCGAAUCCCUACAUGAGUACAAUAAGUGAAGCCUAUUUCUGGUGUCCCCCGACGUGAUAUUGCUGGAAUAUUGCUAAAAGCGGCGUAAAACCAAACUCAGUCAGUCAGUCCUGAAAUACAACCAAUGCCCACUUGCACAGAGCUCUAUGGCUAUCUUAAGUCUAUGUUCGAGUUUGUGAGUUAAGAUCAUCAUAGGGCUAAGAUCGCUUGGUGCAAGUAGGCCCAGAUAUUCUAAUUCAUAGUAAAAAAUAACAAUGGGUAAUAAUACUUAUCUAACAAAAGGCAUAUGUACUGCUUCAACAAUGGGUUUUCAUUCUGCUCAAACAAUGGGUAUUUAUUCUGCACCAGUUUCCAAAACACUGCUGCACUACACAAUUUAGAAAUAUACAUGUAUUGAGAAGACUAGGUCAAGUAUGACGGUACUUUGAGAAGAAAGGUUUAUGAGAAGGCAGUUGUAGAUAAAUGUCUUUAGGCCGGAUUCUGACUCACAUGAAUUUUUAUGUUUAUCUGUAAAUCUAAUUUUAAUACUUAAUGUAUUGUGGCCUUAAAACUAAUUAAAAAUCAUGGAAGUAGCCUGUUUGGAUUUGUCUCAGUAACUUCACCAGGAAUGAUUUUGAUUGCCACUGCAGCCAUGAGGGUGGUAUGUGUAUAAAUGGAUGAUGUUAUAUGAAGAGCAAGAGGAAUGUCUGUUUUUGUGGAUGAUAGAGCUGGGAUGAUAUGGUAACUGUUCUCAAAACAAGUGUUCAUGAAGCAAAUGUGUGACAGAAAUGUUUUCAUAUGCCUGGUGCUUGCAUAGUUGUCAGAUAGGAAGGUGGUCUCAGUAGGUUGUGUCGUGAUUGUUAAAUGAAGGUAGGUGAACCUUUUGUACAGUAAUGAAAAUAUAAUGUCAACAUAU